CAUCCGGUGCGGUCACCUGACGUCACCGUCACAACCUCGGCAAAGCGGUGCCCCCCACAGCAAGCAACCUCCCCCGUGGUUACCAAGCCGCCUGCCGACGAGGAACUUUGUUCCAGAAGUCUUCUCCCGCUUUUCCUUCUGCGUUGUUGCGCCGCGACUUGACGUCAGAUCGAAGCGGCCAAGCGUGUUUGUGAGCGCGCCAAGGGCGGGAGGGCCGGGGGGGGUCAAAAGUGCACUUUCUCACGGCGGACAAACAAACAUGCUCGGGCUGGUGCUGAGGUUCGCGCUGGUCGCCGUGCUAACCUGCUGCGCUAUCGGCGGCGUGACGUUCAGCCGGCACCCGAGCAACCAGACGGUCUCUCAGGGUAACGCCAUCCGGCUGGGCUGCGCCGCGGAGGGCGUGGAAGAGCCCGAGGUGGUUUGGAUGAAGGACGGCGCUCGGCUCCUCGGCAGCGACCAGAUGUUCAUCGCCCUCGGGGAGAACCACUGGGAAACCUACCACAGCGUGAAGUCGGUCCAGCAGCAGGAUGCGGGCCAGUACUGGUGCGAGGUCGACUUCCACGGACGGACAUUCUCAUCCCAACGGGCCUGGAUCACGGUCGAAGGCGUCCCCCACUUUGUUCAGGAGCCUCAAGACGUGUCCACGCUUCCCGGCAAGCCCUUCAACCUGACCUGCGGUGCCGUCGGACCGCCCGAGCCCGUGGAGGUUCUGUGGUGGGUGGGGGGCGUCCAGGAGGGAGGCGCCUCUCCCUCCCCCUCCGUCCUUUGGCUGCGCGGUGUCAACGAGACGGUGAAGGUCUACUGCGAGGCCCGCAACGCCCGCGGGAUCUCCGUGUCCAGAACGGGAAGCGUCUUCAUCAAAGCGCUGCCGGCGGCUCCGGCUGGACUGAAGGUUGACUGGAUGGCGGAUGGCGAUGCCUCGUUGUCGUGGCAACCGGGCUUCACGGGUCACUCCGACUUGUCCGCCUGCGUUGUCCAGCUCCAGCGGUUGUCUCCCGGUCGUUGGAUCCUGCCCGAGUUCUCGGUGUCGGUCCCUCCUCACCGUCACGUCCUCGCCGGUCUGACCCGCCACUCAAACUACAGCGCGCGGGUGUCCUGUGUCAAUGAGGUGGGGGCGUCGCCCUUCUCCCCCUGGUUGCGCUUCGUGACGCCCGAGUCAGUACCCGCCGCGGCCCCUCGGAAUCUGACCUUUGACUUGUCGGAACAUCAGCUGAGCCUCGCGUGGGCGGAGCUUCGGGAGGAGGAGCUUCAGGGGGAGCUGCUGGCCUACAAGGUGCGAUGGAUUCUGGGAGGGGAGCGACAGGAGCCUCUGCUGUUCAAGGUGCCGCGGGCCCGCCUUUCGAGCGGCGGUCGCUUCUUCAACUCUUCCGUGCAAGUCUCGGCCUGCACGGCGGUGGGAUGCGGACCCUGGAGCGCCCCCGUUGUGGUCCUGCCUGCUGCGGGCGCCGUGGCGGCACCCGCGGGUGCCCCCACAGAACGCAGCCACAUUUGGGUGGGGGUCCUCUUCGCCCUCCUGGCACUGACCGUCUUGGCGCUGCUCUUUUCCACCUUGGCUCGGAGAGGCGGGAAGGAAACGCACUUUGGUUGGGCUUUCUCACCCGACGGCACUGACGCUACGGUUUCCUUCACGGCCGCUCGAUCCUUCAACCGAAGCGCCGGGGACCAGCUGGUUUCGACACUGGACAGUCUGGGUAUCAGCGAGGAGCUCAACAACAAACUGAAGGACGUUCUGAUCCCCGAGAGGCUGCUGCUACUCGGACACAUGCUGGGCAAAGGCGAGUUUGGCUCGGUGCGCGAGGCCUUCCUGAAGACGGACGGCCGCCCGGCCCGGAAGGUGGCGGUCAAGGUCCUGAAAUCUGACGUGGCCUCGUCGGACGACGUCGAGCAGUGCCUGAAGGAGGCGGCCCGCAUGAAGGACUUCCGCCACCCCAACGUCAUCCAGCUUAUCGGGGUGAGUCUGCACCGGCGUCACGCCCGGCGUUUGCCCGUCCCCAUGGUGGUCUUGCCCUUCAUGAAGCACGGAGACCUGCACACGUUCCUGCUCCUGUCCAGACUGGGAGACCAACCCUUCGACUUGUCCACGCGCGUGCUGGUCCAGUUCAUGUUGGACGUGGCGCGGGGGAUGGAAUACCUGAGCAAUCGCAAUAUCAUCCACAGGGACCUGGCGGCCCGCAACUGCAUGCUGGACGAGAACAUGGUGGUGUGCGUGGCGGACUUUGGUCUCUCCAAGAAGAUCUACUCGGGGGAUUAUUACCGGCAAGGAUCCGUCUCCAAGCUUCCCGUCAAGUGGAUCGCUUUGGAAAGCUUGGCCGAUAACGUCUACACCACGCAGAGCGACGUGUGGGCCUUUGGCGUCACCAUGUGGGAAGUGAUGACCCGCGGCCAGACGCCGUAUCCCGGCGUGGAGAACUCGGAGAUCUACGAGUACCUGAUCCGAGGAGAACGUCUGAAGAAACCGGCCGAGUGCAGACAAGACAUCUACGACGUGAUGCACAGCUGCUGGAGUCCGGUGCCCAAAUGUCGGCCGGCUUUCCAGCACUUGGCGGUCCUGCUGGAGGAGCUGCGGCUUAGCUUUUCGCCCGCCGCCCCGCGCAAGGAGUCCUUGCACUACGUCAACCUGGAGGGGGAAGGCCCGGAGGACGGGGGGGCAAGCGGGGCACCCGGCCCGCAAGAGGGCGACGGCUCGAGCGCCCCCUGGAGGCGGGGCGCCGAGGACGAGGAGGAGCGGGACUGGCUGAUGGUGGCGUCCGGCGCCGCGCUGGCUAUCGGGGGCGGUGGAGACUACAGGUACAUCGCGGACCCCUGCGGAGACACCCGAGUGGGUCGGGAGCCGGAAGAGGACGACGACGCGGUCGUUCACGUGUGAACGCGGCGGAUUAGCGC